AAAAAUUAGGAAAAAACUUCCUGCGGGAGGAAAACCGUGCCAAGCUCUACUUCUGGAAGUAGGGGACGCGCGCAGUGUCAGGACUUCAGGAGGACAGACAAAAUCCCCAACAACAAAACGGAUAUUACUAGUCUAAACCACGGAACCAAAAGUGGAGAUCGUAUUUUCUCCUCGUUUCUUUAAAAAAGAAAUGGAAGAGAGUUCUAGCUCUCCCGUCUCCCCAGUGGACAGCCUGGUGACCAGCGAGGAGGAGCUGGACAGACAGCAGAAAAGGUUCGGGAGGAAAAGGAGGCAAGGAAGGAAGUCGAGCGAGGACAGCAGCAGCCCGAGCUCCGUCAAUAAACGUAACAAAAAGCCGAGCCCGAGCAGCACUCAGUCCUUCGAGGAGCUCCAGAACCAGCGCGUCCUGGCGAACGUACGCGAGCGGCAACGGACUCAAUCGCUGAACGAAGCCUUCGCGUCUUUGCGCAAAAUCAUCCCCACGCUCCCCUCGGAUAAACUCAGCAAGAUCCAGACGCUCAAACUCGCAUCCAGGUACAUUGAUUUCCUCUGUCAGGUGCUGCAGAGCGACGAGAUGGACAACAAGAUGUCCAGUUGCAGCUACGUCGCGCACGAGAGACUCAGUUACGCGUUUUCAGUGUGGAGGAUGGAGGGCGCGUGGUCGAUGUCUGCGUCCCACUAGCAGCGAGACGCGUCCUGAUAAUGCCGAACGGACUGUUUACUUCCACUAAUUUUGAAGAUGCCAAAGGAUUAUUCGAUGAACCUCUAAACCUCAGUGACGUGGCCAAAGGACAUUCAGUGGAUACAUCUACGGACUUGAGCAUCCUCAUGAAGGACACAAUAAAAGGGACUUUUUAAUAUACUUAGAGGAAAAGUAGAUGACGUCUUCUGUGUCGUCAAAUACAUUUAAUCUUUUUCACAAGUUAUUCUUAAAUGUCGCCAUGAUGAUAGUACAGGAAGGCUAUCUGCUAUCUGUAUGGAAACUAUAUUUCAUGUCUGUCUCUAAACAGAAGAGUUUAUAUAUAUAUAAGAACAAAAAAAAAAAA